CUCGCGAGAAUUCGGCGUAACGUUCCUCUGGGGGCGGGAGUCUUGGUGUCCAUGUUGAAUAGAGGCUGCCGUUGGCGCCGCUGCGUCGUUGGGCGAUUUGCAGUACCGAAAGAUUUAUAUUAAAAGACAUGGUUUUCACCUCACUUCCUCAACAAAGAUAGAUUUUUUUCUUCUUUUCGAUGCCUAUUUUAUACCACAAUGCAGCAAGCUUUAGAACUAGCUUUGGAUCGUGCAGAGUAUGUCAUUGAAAGUGCCAGACAGAGACCUCCUAAAAGGAAAUACCUCUCUAGUGGAAGAAAAUCUGUAUUUCAAAAACUUUAUGACUUAUAUAUUGAAGAAUGUGAAAAAGAGCCUGAAGUUAAGCAGAAAUUAAGAAGAAAUGUGAACUUGUUAGAGAAGCUUGUUAUGCAAGAGACAUUGUCAUGUUUAGUGGUCAACCUAUACCCAGGAAAUGAGGGAUAUUCUCUGAUGCUCAGGGGAAAAAAUGGAUCAGAUUCUGAGACCAUUCGACUGCCUUAUGAAGAAGGAGAAUUGCUUGAAUACUUGGAUGCAGAAGAAUUGCCUCCUAUUUUGGUUGAUCUCCUAGAAAAAUCUCAGGUUAAUAUUUUUCACUGUGGAUGUGUCAUAGCAGAAAUACGUGACUAUAGACAGUCUAGUAAUAUGAAGUCUCCUGGUUACCAAAGUAGACACAUUCUCUUACGUCCAACAAUGCAGACUUUAAUCUGUGAUGUACAUUCAAUAACAAGUGAUAACCAUAAGUGGACCCAGGAAGACAAACUUUUGCUUGAGAGCCAACUGAUCCUAGCUACAGCAGAACCAUUGUGUCUUGAUCCUUCUAUAGCAGUAACUUGCACUGCAAACAGACUGCUGUAUAACAAGCAAAAGAUGAACACACGCCCAAUGAAAAGAUGUUUCAAGAGGUAUUCCAGGUCCACUAUGAAUCGGCAGCAGGAUCUGUCUCAUUGUCCACCUCCUCCUCAACUAAAAUUACUUGAUUUCUUGCAAAAGAGAAAGGAAAGAAAAGCAGGUCAGCAUUAUGACCUCAAAAUUUCUAAGGCAGGGAAUUGUGUGGAUAUGUGGAAACGGAGUCCCUGUAAUUUGGCCAUACCUUCUGAAGUGGAUGUAGAGAAAUAUGCUAAAGUAGAGAAGUGUAUCAAAUCUGAUGACUCACAGCCAACAGUCUGGCCAGCCCAUGAUGUAAAAGAUGAUUAUGUAUUUGAAUGUGAAGCUGGUAAUCAGUAUCAGAAAACGAAGCUAACUAUUUUGCAGUCACUUGGUGAUCCACUUUACUAUGGUAAAAUACAGCCAUGUAAAGAAGAUGAAGAAAGUGACAGCCAGUUGUCUCCAGCCCACUCUUCCACAGAUGAUCAUUCAAAUUGGUUCAUUAUUGGAUCAAAGACUGAUGCUGAGAGAGUAGUCAAUCAAUACCAGGAAUUGGUCCAGAAUGAGGCGAAAUGUCCGGUCAAAAUGUCACACAGUUCCAGUGGUUCAGCCAGCCUGAGUCAGCUUUCUCCAGGGAAAGAAACAGAACAGCCUGAGACUGUUUCAGUUCAGUCUUCAGUAUUGGGGAAGGGAGUAAAACAUCGACCUCCACCCAUCAAACUUCCCUCAAGCUCAGGAAAUAGUACUACAGGUAACUAUUUUACACCGCAGCAGGCCAGCAGCUUUCUUAAAUCCCCAACUCCUCCUCCUGCUUCUAAGCCACCAAGCCUUUCUCGGAAGUCAUCUGUAGAUCUCAAUCAAGUUAGCAUGCUUUCUCCGGCUGCCCUGUCACCUGCCAGCUCAUCACAAAGAACCACAGCCACCCAGGUCAUGGCAAACUCUGCUGGACUUAACUUCAUCAAUGUAGUGGGCUCUGUUUGUGGAGCUCAGGCUCUGAUGAGUGGUUCAAACCCUAUGCUGGGCUGUAACACUGGUGCCAUAACUCCUGCAGGAAUAAAUCUGAGUGGCCUUCUACCCUCAGGAGGUCUGCUACCAAAUGCAUUGCCUGGUGCAAUGCAGGCAGCUUCCCAAGCAGGUGUUCCAUUUGGCUUAAAAAAUACGUCAAGUCUCAGGCCCUUGAAUCUACUGCAGCUUCCAGGUGGUUCUCUCAUUUUUAACACUCUACAGCAGCAGCAACAACAGCAACUCUCACAGUUUACACCACAACAAGCUCAGCAACCAACAACUUCUAGUCCUCAGCAGCCAGGGGAACAGGGUUCUGAACAGUGUUCAACCAGUCAAGAACAGGCCUUAUCUGCUCAGCAUGCUGCUGUUAUUAACCUUGCUGGAGUCGGCGGUUUUAUGCAGUCACAGGCAGCUGUGUUGUCUCAGCUUGGCUCUGCCGAGAACAGACCUGAGCAAAGCCUUCCUCAGCAGAGAUUCCAGCUCUCCUCUGCCUUUCAACAGCAGCAGCAACAGAUACAAUUGCGAUUCUUGCAGCAUCAAAUGGCUAUGGCAGCAGCAGCAGCACAAACAGCUCAGCUACAUCGUCAUCGGCAUACAGGCAGCCAGUCAAAAAGUAAAAUGAAGAGAGGCACGCCAACCACUCCAAAAUUCUGAGUCUUGCAUUAUUUUUUUUUUUUUAACAUAAGAGCAUUGAAUCAGAAGGUUUCUGAGUUUCUACUUCGUUUCGUUUUUUUUUUUUUUUUUUAAUGUCAGUAUUUUACAUUGCUAGAUGUAUAAACUUUAUACAGAAGCACAACCCUAUGAUUUUUAAAUAAAAACAGGGAAACGGUCUACCAGACUAUUAGGGUUGGUUUGCCUAAGUCAUUGCUUUAUAAAAAUGGUUUCACUGUACAUAAAACAUAGGGAAGUGACCUAAGAAAUAUUAGAAACAUCUUUCAGAAGAAUGUAGCUUAAUAUUUAUUUAGUAUAAAAGGUUUGUGCACAGUUCAACAAAUACAAUUUUUACAAAUCUGUUUCAAAAU